AUGGAGGACGACUAUGCGCAUCCUUACGAGGACUCCAUUGAAAAGUUUACGACUUACGAGGAUUACCUGGACAGCCAGAUCACACCUCAGGACCGCUUCUACCUAGAGGAGGAUGAGCUCGCCAGACAGCUUGUUGAGAUCGGUUGCAGGAAGGGAGAGGUGUUGACAAGGGAGGACUUUGCCGCCCGGCGAGAAGCGGCGGAGAACGCCAAGAAGGCGCGCUUACAGAGUGCGCCGAAGGUUCUGGCAAGUGCGCAGAAAAAGCUGACGGACUUCCCAGUUCUUCGACAUCUUGCUUGCCGAGAGGAGCUGGUGCGCAGCGGUAAGCUCAGCACCAUUAUCUUCAUCCGCGAUAAAAAUCAUCGUGGGCAGGAGAUCUCAGGAUACAUUGACUACGGCCACCGUCUCAAAACGGAGAACUUCGAACCGUACUUCGAACGCAAAAAGCGGCUUCUUCCCAAGUCUUCGGACCUGUCCUUCUACAACUGGGACACGCAGCACUCGACCUCCAACGAGAGCCCAAACUUCCAGAUCCUGCCAGACCAUGAGCAGGGCUUGCUCUUCAAGAACAAGCGCGACCGGAAGGUGCUCAGCGUCGAUCCGAGGUCUGAGCCAGGCGAUAACUCCAAGCGGCUGGAGGUGCCAACUACGGAGUAUAUCCAAGUCGUCAUCUUUGAUCACAUGACGCGCAAGAAGAGCUGA